GAAUCUAAACACACUUUUUUCAAACAAAAAAAUAUACGAGUUUGAGAUCAGCAGCUGUGUGCGUUUCUUUUUCCCGCAGCAGAAGUGGGGAAGGAUCAUGGUCAUGGAAUUCGCUAGGGCCCGGCCUCACUUACAACUAGUUGUACACGGCUGAGCGACAACGACCCCAACUAGUAUUUCGUGUGGGCCGUGUACUGAGAACAGCACGAAACUAGGCCUCACUCAGCUGACCCAAAGGCCUUGGCCCAUUUACUCCAAACAAUAGCCCUAGGCCCUAUUUCAGAGCAGAAGCCAGAAGGGAUACAAAACGCUUCCCCGACGCCUGACUCCAAACCCUUUCGCCUCCGCCGCCGCCUGAUAGCUCCAGCGCCCUCGCCGUCGGCUGCCCGGCUGCCGUCCUCCCGCUACGAGCUAGGCAUCUCCUUCGCCGAUCCAGCAUGGGUAAGACACGUGGUAUGGGAGCUGGGCGCAAGCUCAAGACCCACAGGAGGAACCAGAGGUGGGCUGACAAAGCCUACAAGAAGAGCCAUCUUGGCAACGAGUGGAAGAAACCCUUUGCUGGAUCAUCUCACGCAAAGGGGAUCGUCCUCGAAAAGAUCGGCAUCGAGGCCAAGCAGCCUAACUCUGCUAUUCGUAAGUGUGCUCGUGUUCAGCUGGUGAAGAACGGUAAGAAGAUUGCCGCCUUUGUGCCGAACGACGGCUGCUUGAACUACAUCGAGGAAAACGAUGAGGUGCUGAUCGCGGGGUUCGGUCGUAAGGGCCACGCUGUGGGAGAUAUUCCCGGUGUCCGUUUCAAGGUUGUGAAGGUCUCGGGCGUUUCCCUGCUCGCCCUCUUCAAGGAGAAGAAGGAGAAGCCGAGAUCUUAAAAACCCUAUCCCCCUCGCCACAAAUGAAUCAUGUAAUGCUUUUGGAGUUCUGGGACCUCAUGUUGAGAACCUAGCGAUUGUUUUGCCAUAGUUUUGUUUAGAAGAUUCUGAAUUGAAUUCUAUAUCCGUAACCGCUUGCCAGUGCGUGAUCUGUGUUAAUAUUAUCUUUCCGUGGUAUCUUGGUA